AUGGGGUCAGGUUCAAAGACUUUCUUGAAGGAUAAGACCCUGAAAUCAUUUGUGGCAAUCCAGCCACCUCAUCAUCAGUCCCAGUUUCGUCUGUGUGAUUCCCCUCUAGCAUCUUUUCCGAGAUGGACAGUAUUUACCUCCCAUGGACCUACUGUGAUCAUGCCAACCUGGUUCUGUUCUCGAGAAUGGUUUUUUCACGUGGGAAAAUUUGAUGAGGGUGGAAAGGGUGUUCCAGAAGAUUUGUUGUUUUUUUAUAAACAUAUCCAAAAGGGCGGUGAAGUCUUCCGAGUAAACCAUUGCCUCCUGCUGUACCGUUACCAUCCACAGGCUGCAACUCAUUCCGUCCUAGAGGGAACCAUCUGGAAUCACCGAGUCAGGUUUCUUGAAGACAGAGUCCUGAGCUCCUGGGCAUCAUUCACCAUUUGGAAUGCUGGCAAGCAAGGCAAGAAGCUCUAUAGAAGCUUGUCACCAGCUAAUCAGAAAAAGGUAACUGCGUUUUGUGAUGUUGAUGAAAAGAAAAUAACAAAAGGAUUCUACACGUACGAAGAAUCUGAGGAGAGACCAAAACCAAAAAUUCCUAUAUGUCACUUCAGAGACGCAACUCCACCUUUCAUUAUCUGCGUGAAGCUGGAUUUGACAGGUGGAGCAUUUGAAACAAACCUGAACAUGCUGAGCUUGAAGGAAGGGAUGGAUUAUUAUCACUUCAACUAA